ACGUAGUACGUACAUAUUCCGAAGGUACUUUCGCCGGGUUCGCGGACAAGGUGCCCAUACGUAUGCAUACGAAUACUUACAUAUAGGUAUGUAUAAACGCCGAGCGUAUGUAUAGUAGUGGGAGAUCGGUGGGACUUGAAUCGCGGGUUUCUUGAGGCAUAUAUAUGGUAGGGAGCCAUGCAGUUCUCUUGCUACUCGGCGCGUUCUCAGCCUCUCGGAUCUCCGCCGGAGCGUUCCAAUAUCCGAUUAAUUUAACCAAGUUUACACUACCGGACCGUGAGCCUGAAUAAAAAAGUGAGAAGAUGAAACUGCUACUCACCUUACUGAUUGCGAGCGCAACGAAAAUCCUGGCGGAUCCGGACCCUGGACUCCUCCGUGUCCCCAAGGUGUACAACGCCUUGGUGACGAGCAAUCAAAAUCUCUCGCCCUCGAGGGCAUUCCCAGUGAUUCAGCCCGUAGUUCACACGACCGCCGUCGGCUACGUGCCACCGUUCUACUACACUCAGUUCGCUCCGCAAUAUCCGGGCCCGGAAGCAGGCCGGCUGCCGCAAGAAUUACUUCCGGCGAACGGAGCUGGACUCGACGAGGAUGCAGCAUCGAAGGCCGCGGCCGGAGCCGGAACGGGGACCAGUAGUUCCGGGAAUACGGAACAGAACCCGAGACCAGCGGAAGACGAGACCAGGAAAAGGAAAACGGGCGCCGAGCACUCGCUCAGCUUCUAUCCGAAUUAUCAUUCGCUCUACUACGACCCAUACCUUUACGCCUACAACGGUUUCAACGCCCACAUCGCUCCGAGUCCGUAUAUUUUCGAAUACCAGCGACCAGCCUUGGCUUCCGCACUUCCCCCCCAGGGAGCCUACGGGGGGCAGCAGCUGCUCAACCCCCGGGCGCCGGUAGCUGACCCUGGAGCCCCCGGGAAACAUGAAGCCGAGGAAAAGAUUCCCGACGUACCACCGCCCCCGGUGCCAACAUCGUCUUCCUCGAACAAGUCAUAAUGUUAAAAAGUGUCGGCGUAUUAUACUUUCUUAGAAUUCUAAGAAUA